AUGGAUCGUAUUGAGAGGCUUGCUAUGCUUCUAUGGGGAGUUUGGGGAGCUCGUAAUGACUUGGUUUGGAAUAAUAAGGCUUUGUCGGUAGAGAGGGUGGUGAAUUUUGCAAUUACUUACCUUGAUUCUUGGAAGAAUGCUCAGCUAGAGAGUAGAGGUGUGUUGCCAAUUUUUGGUCCGAAUACUUUCGGGUGUGAGCAAUGGGCUAAACCUUGUUUUGGUGAGAUUAAGGUUAAUUGUGAUGCUGCUGUCUUUGAAGAUGACAAUAUUCUCGGUUUGGGGUGGAUUUCUCAGGAUCAUAAUAUGCCCGACCCGUUUUUGGCUGAAGCUAUGGCGUUGAAGGAGGCACUCGAUUGGGUGAAGGGUAGGUGGGUUGAGGGGGGUGUGCCUACUGGUGUGGUUAUGGAGGUGGACGCGUUGCUGCUGGUGCGAGCCGUGCAACAGAAGAAGCGUUUGUUGUCUCCGGUGGGGCUUUUAAUUUCGGAUUGUGUUGCUCUUAUGCAAUCCUCUCUUUUGUUUCAUAUUUCAAUUAAUUUUGUUAAACGGUCCGAGAACCAGGCGGCUAACUUUUUAGCUCGUUCUUCUAGUUCUAUUCCUGGCUGGGUUUCUCGCGGGGGUGUUGUCGCUGCUGAUUUGGAAGCUAUUUUGGUAGCUAAUUUGAUUUAA